AUGGCAAGCUUCGUGGCGAACCUUUUCCCUGGUGGAAGCAAGGACAAGACAACCGAUCUUGGCCAGCGUCCUGCCACUCCAACGAAGAACAGUUUCACCACUCCCGUCAGCACGCCUCAAGGUAGUCCAAGCAAGAAGACUGCUCCUCCAGGCGCCAAUGACCUGCCCACAGCUUUUGAGAAUGCGAUGAAGCUCAACUCUUCCAACAUUCUCGACAGCCCUGUGAAGCUUGGCCGCCCCCAGAGCGUAGUCACCCCGCUCUCUCCAGGAAAGCCCAAUGCUCAAGUUUUCGAGGAUGGAUCAACUACCCUCAUUGACGAGAGCAUCAUUCAGAAGACCCCAACUGGUAGCCCGUUGAGGAAGCAGGGACAGGAAAACACGCCACCAACUGCAUCCAAGAUUACCGUCCCUGAGCCUAUUUACCAGCACAAUCAUGCAGCUGUGUCGAGACAUGAGCUUUAUCAGAUGAAGGAUAGGCCGACUACUCCUGCUAAGAAGUUCAACACCUCUCGCGGGCUCACUCCUGAGGAACUAGAGAUCCUGCAGAAGCCGAACAUUAAGCGACUUGUUAAUGUCACCCAGCUCUACUUCCUGGACUACUACUUCGACCUCCUGACUUAUGUUGGUAGCCGUCAGGGACGACUUAAUGCGUUCAAAUCCGAAAUUCCUGCGCCUCCCGAGACCGAUGAAGAGACUUACAAUAAUUUGUGGCAAAAAUAUACGGGUCGUGAGCGUGCUAACCUCCGAAAGCGACGCGUCCGCCUUCGACAUGGUGACUUCCAGAUCUUGACACAGGUCGGACAGGGUGGCUACGGUCAAGUCUUCCUUGCGCAGAAGAAGGAUACCCGAGAAGUCUGCGCGCUGAAGGUCAUGAGCAAGAAGUUGCUUUUCAAGCUUGACGAGAUUCGCCAUGUCCUUACCGAGAGAGAUAUUCUCACUACGGCAAAGAGCGAAUGGCUCGUCCGUUUGCUGUACUCCUUCCAGGAUGACAAGAGUAUUUAUCUUGCCAUGGAAUACGUACCUGGCGGUGACUUCCGCACUCUCCUCAACAACACCGGAGUCCUGUCAAACCGUCAUGCGCGAUUCUACAUUGCGGAGAUGUUUUGCUCUGUUGAUGCUCUUCACCAACUUGGUUACAUUCAUCGUGACUUGAAACCGGAGAACUUCCUCGUUGACUCUACCGGACAUGUGAAGUUGACAGACUUUGGAUUGGCUGCUGGAAUGCUCGCACCUGCAAAAAUAGAGUCUAUGAGAAUUCGCUUGGAGAAAGCUUCGGAGACGUCAGUUCCCUUCGGUAAGCCAAUGGAGCAGCGAACAGUGGCCGAACGACGAGACGGUUAUCGGUCCAUGCGCGAGAAGGAUGCGAAUUAUGCGAAGUCGAUUGUGGGUUCACCUGACUACAUGGCGCCCGAGGUGCUUCGCGGAGAGGAAUACGACUACACAGUCGACUACUGGAGCUUGGGCUGCAUGCUUUUCGAAGCUCUGACUGGGUUCCCUCCCUUCGCUGGUUCUACGCCAGAGGAGACCUGGCGAAACCUUAAGCAUUGGAGAGAAGUCCUGAAGCGUCCUGUGUGGGAGGAUCCGAACUAUUUCCUCAGCAACCGCACUUGGAACUUCAUCACAACCUGCAUCAAUUCGCGAUCAAAGCGUUUCUCGAAUAUUAAGGACAUUUACGAUCAUCACUACUUCGCAGAGGUCGACUGGCAGACCCUUCGUGAGACGAAGGCUCCCUUUGUUCCUGAGCUGGACUCAGAGACUGAUGCUGGUUACUUUGAUGAUUUUACCAACGAGGCGGACAUGGCCAAGUACAAAGAAGUUCACGAGAAGCAGAAUGCCUUGGAGAACAUGGCAGACCGUGACGAUGAGAUGAGCAAGAGUCUGUUCGUUGGCUUUACGUUCCGCCAUCGCAAACCCACUACCGAGGAGGGCAGCCCGCGGAAGCCAAUUUCGAACAUCACGUCGGAGCCGUCAUUUGGCACAAUGCUGUAG